CGUGUGCGGUGUCCUGUGUGCAUUUGUUGCCGAAAGUUUCGUCGCCGUCUAUUUUGCGACCAACGUUGUGAAGGAAAAAUUCCUAGCUUAUCCAGAGGAAUUCAUCUACCCGCUGGUGCUGUGCAAAAUGCCUCCGAAAAAGGCCCCGGCUGGAGCUUCGAAAAAAACCGAAGCGAAGAAGAAAGAGAAAAUCAUCGAGGACAAGACGUUCGGUCUGAAGAACAAGAAAGGAGCAAAGCAGCAGAAGUUUAUCUCCCAGGUGGAGAAGCAGGUGAAGAGCGGCGGACAACAUAACCUUACCCAAAAUGUUAACGCCAAGAAGGAGGAGAAGGAACGGAAGCUGAAGGAGCAGAAGGAGCUGGCAAUGCUGUUCAAGCCGGUGGCCACGCAGAAGCUCGAAAUGGGCGCCGAUCCGAAGUCGGUGCUGUGUGCGUUCUUCAAGCAGGGCACCUGCACCAAGGGUGAUAAGUGUAAGUUCUCUCACGACCCGGCCGUCGAGCGAAAAUCGGAAAAGCGAUCUAUUCACGUCGAUAUGCGUGACGGCGAUAUGAACGACACGAUCGACAACUGGACCGAAGAGAAGCUGGCCGAAGUGGUUGCGAAGAAGCACGGCAAGGAGAAAACUAUGCCUACUACGACGAUCAUCUGCAAGUUUUUCCUCGAUGCCGUCGAACGCUCCCUGUACGGAUGGUUCUGGGAGUGCCCCAAUGGUGAAAAGUGUAUCUACCGGCAUGCUCUCCCACCGGGUUACGUACUCAAGAAGGACAAGAAGAAGGCCGACUCACAAAAGGAAGAGAUAUCGCUGGUAGAUUUGAUCGAGCGUGAGCGGGCUGCUCUCGGAUCGAACCAAACGCGUGUAACGUUAGAAUCGUUCCUCGCGUGGAAAAAGCGUAAGAUUCAGGAGAAGAAGGACAAACUGCAGAAGGAAGAGGAAAAGAAACUGAAGGACUUCAAGGCCGGCCGACAGAAUGGCCUGUCCGGUAGGGAAAUGUUCAGCUUCAAUCCGGAUCUGAUCGACGACGGUAUGGAUGACGGUGAGGUGGCAAUCGAAUCGUACGGCCGCAACGAGGACGACGACGAUACAACCGAGUACAAGGAGCUGGAUUUGAAUAUGCUUUCACUAUCUAUCAAAGAUGUUGAUGACACCGGUACGGUGGCCGAAACGGAUCGUUGGGCAAAGAUGGCGGCGGAAGAGGCCAGUCGAACGGCGGCUGAAAAGGAAAGUGAAGCAGCUCCCGCCGAUGAUGCCGCCCCGAUCAAUGAAAACCUGUUCCUUGAAGAAGACCUCGAGGGGCUGGAUGAUGAGUUGAGCGAUGAUGACGACGAAGAUGGAGACGAUGGAGGACCCUCGAACGAAGCAAGCGAAAAGUCGUGAUAAACUACAGCAUUUAAAUAAUUCUGCAGCAACAGAAGAACUAGACUACCUUCUCGACAGCGUAACAGUUACUGUUUCCGAUGUUUCCCGUUUUCUGUCGGAAAGCUUUCGUCACAGCACACAACCGCAAAUACUGGUCACAAUAAAGCAGUUGAAAUGAAUUUUAACACAUGUUUGAAUCCAAAAGGAACGUCAGU